UAUAAAAAAUAUAGGUACCAAAUCGUAAUUUGCCAUUUGGAUCCAUAGAUUGAUCCAUGAAUCCACCAAUCCAAUUGGAUUUGGAUCAAAUGGAUUGGAUUUAAAGGGAUUGAAUUAAAUGGAUUGAAUUAAAUGGAUAAUUUGGUGGAUGGAUUGGAUUGGAUUGGAUUCGUGGAUUUGGAUCCUAAUUGCCACCUCUAAUUUUUCCUGUUCUUUCGCUUUUUAGUAGACUUUUCACCUUGACAGUAGUAAUUCACCACUUCACAUGUUAGCCACUAGCCAGUCAUACUUAUUAUAUGGGCUUUGUAUUGGCCCGUGAACAAUCUCCAACGCCACCACAGCUAUUUUCCUUCGGGCCACUAGCCAGUCAUACUUAUCUUAUGGGCUUUGUAUUGGCCCGUGAACAAUCUCCAACGCCACCACAGCUAUUUUCCUUCAAGCCUGUGAAGCCGGCCCAGCGCUAGUUUGCUCAACCUCCAGUAGCCGCAGCUCCAGAUAAUCAGAUGGCUGAGCUGAAGAACAUUUUGGCGGCAUUCAUGACCACCACCCAGACGAAUUUCACGAGGGUGGACCAGAGCAUAGUCUCUUUGGAGGCAGGACAGAGAAACCAGGGUGCUAUUCUGCAAGAUCUACAGCACCAAGUCGGUAUCCUAGCGCGCCAGCUUACUGCUCGGGCCCCGGGGACUCUACCUGCCACCACCAUCCCCAAUCCACGGGACCCGCACGAGCAGCUGGAUGCCAUUUUCACUAGGAGCGGCAGGCCUACAUCAGCUGAUCCUGCCCCGACCAGGCAGGAGGCACCACUACCUGCUUCAGCACUUCCAGCCAGUGAUGCAGAAGUGCGGGUGGAGAAGGAAGCUCCUGCUCCCAGGCCACAACCAGUGGUGAAGAAGCACGUACCCCAGCUUCCCUUCCCUACUCGCCUACACAAAGACAAGCUGGAGACUGAGUUUGCCAAGUUUAUGGCAAUGUUGAAGCAGCUCAACAUCAGCGUACCUUUUGUGGAGGCACUGUCGAAGAUACCCAAGUACUCAAAGUUCAUGAAAGAUCUCCUCACCAACAAGAAGGAACUUGGGGAUCUCUCGACAGUGCUGCUGAGCGAGGAAUGUUCUGCUGUCCUGCAGAACAAGCUGCCCGAAAAGCGCAAGGAUCCAGGGAGUUUUACUAUCCCUCUUACUAUUGGCAGCAUGCAUGUAGGAAAGUCCUUGGCGUACCUAGGCGCUAGCAUUAAUGUCAUGCCAUAUAAAUUGUUCAAAAAGCUAGACCUAGGUGAACUUAGCCCUACUAGGAUGAGCAUUCAGCUAGCUGAUCGUUCCGUUGUGCAUCCUAGGGGUAUCAUAGAAGAUCUUCUUGUUAAUGUGGGUGCAUUCACAUAUCCUGUUGAUUUUGUUGUUCUGGAUAUAAAUGAUGAUGUGGAUGUGCCUUUGAUUUUAGGAAGACCAUUUCUUGCCACCGCCAAGGCACUGAUUGAUGUGCAUGAUGGUAAACUGAUUCUGCGUGCUGGGAGUGAACAAGCUACUUUUUCUGUGACUGAAUUCGAUCAUUGUGCUAUGAUUGCUGUCUCCCCUGUGCAUGCUAUUUCUGACCAGAUACACGAGCCUGUCGUGUAUCCUUCUGCACCUCUCAUUUUGCAGGACCCUCCUAUCAUUCCUUCGCCGCCACUCCAUCCAGCCUCGCCUCCGAACAAAAAGACCAAGGAGGAGUGGCGGCCGAAGCAGCCGGUUACAAAGCCUACACGGAAGAAAGGUGGAGACAACUAUGAGCUGGUUCCACCAUCUGCACCACGACCACCCUGGCCAUCCGAGUACUCACUCGCCUGCAUCUUGCCGGAUGGCCAGGUCGAGCUGACCGAUGAUGGUGGUCGCACCCGUCGGGUGCAUGGCCACAACCUGAAGCUGUACCUCAAGAGCGACGUGGAUCCGCUCUUGGAGGCACCUGUUCCUGCACCUCCCUGAGUAUCCACCAUGGGCGUCCAGCUAAAAGACGAUAAAGAAGCGCUUGUGGGGAGGCAACCCCACCACGGUUUGACUUUCUUUCUUGUGUUUUGAGUCGGAUUGUAAACCGGUUUGGUUUUGGUUUGUUUUUGGUGUUUUCUUUUGUUUUGGAUGAUGUACUAUUGGGCUGACCAUUGGACCUAACAUAUCGUGUUUGAGCUCUUUGGUUUCCUUUAGCUGUGCCUGUGUUCCCGACUGGUCCUCGCUGCAGUCCGUUUCAUGCCGACUGGUCCAUUUCCAGUCUCCUGCAGUCUGUGCACACCGGUAACAUCGUUCCCCUUUCCUUCCCUCUUCUCCAUUGAGGGCAAUGUCGAUCUUAAGUGUGGGGGGGAUGUUUAUCUUUUGACUGCAUUAGCUCUGUUUGUGUGCUUGGAGCCUAGUCCACUGUCCAAAUUUUUAAAUUUGAGGGCUCCAAGUACGUGUUUCCUUGCAAUUGCCUGCUCAGUAUGCUUUGAAUUGACAGUCUCUGUAGUGAUUUGCAACCUAGGGAGGUAGUGUAGCACUAUGGAGGAUGUUGAUGCAUUUAAGAAGUCUCAUUUCUUCUUCAUAUUGUGUUGGUUGAUUGAGUGAAUUAGUGAUCUUAGGACCCUUGAAUUGUGUGGUGUUGUGGACUCUCUGCCUGUCAUGGACUCUUGUAUCAUGUUUUGAAAAUACAGGUGCUCGAAAAUGUGCUUUAAAAUAACGUCUCCCGUGCGAAUAGGGUGAAAGUGUGUAAGGGGAGACGGGAAUCCGUUCCCAAUUUCCACCUACUACCUCCAGCCCCCUUACAUGUCUUUCCCCCGCACGAGGCUCGAGACACCCGCUCCUGGCAUGGCCGGUAAGAGCCGGGCUCCCGCAAAACCUUUGCUAGGUGGGAGCCCCCGUUUUCUGCAAAAACAGGUUGGAACCCGUGAAAAAAAAGAAAAACAGAAAAACAAGCAAAAAGAAGAAAGAAAAGGGUUCCAACCAUCUUCAAAAAGAAAAUCGAGCACUUUGAAUUAAUGUGAGUCCAUGAUCUUUUGUUUUUGAGAGUCUCUUCAUCCACGAUUCACUUGUCCGCUGUUCACUAUUUGCCAUUAUGCCGACUCGAGACUAGUGCUCUCGCCGAAGAAGCUAUGAGAUGACUUGUGCGUCGGUUGACCUUGUAAGUUGCUAAAUGAUCUAGGAAGUCCUCUACCUACGAUCGAGGUUGUUUGUCGCUAUAGAGGUCUGGAGAGCUGCAUUGGUUUGAGUUAGGUUUGCUUGGGGACAAGCAAACGGUUAAGUGUGGGGGAGUUUGAUAGACCGAUAAUUACACAUGUUUUCACCCCUAUUCUGAAGCCGUUUGUGAGGUUGAUUCUCGGGUUUUAAGCCGAUUUCACGCGAGGUUGUGUGUUUAUGUCAUAUUUCAGGACCCGGCGUUGGAAUCGAGGCGAAGGAACGAGAUUCGGGUCGAAAGGAGCAAGUGAGGCUUGAAGCGGGCUGAAGGAAGAAAAUACCCGGCCAUAACCACAAAUACCCGGUCGGAUAUUAUUAUGAGGAGACCGGGGAAUUCCCUUUUUGGCGUCUGAGAAACAGAAGGGGGCCCGGGCAAAUGCCUUAAAUCCCCGGUCGGGGAUUAUGAGGACAGACCGGGGAUUUUCCCCUUAAAUGAAAUGGUGAGUUUUGC